AUGAUUAUUAUACGUACUAGCUUAUUGUUUAUGGCAAUAACCAAUGCAUAUCCGGCAAUAAAUCCUUUGGCACGUUAUGAUCAUAGAACCUCGUCUGAUUCUCAUGAGGUAUAUCAAGGAAGAUGUUCAAUUUUUGAUCCAACUUUAUCUAUUCAUCCAUUUACGUUAAGUGAUGGUGAAUCAAGAUUGCUGAAUUGUUCUCCUGGAAAUGAUUGUCUUUAUGUUUGUAAAAGUGGAUAUUUGCCGAGUCGACUUGAUUCACGUGUUAAUUAUGAUCUUAUGGGCGUUCCGGGCGGUAAAGUUUCAUGUGAUUCACAAGGCAUCCUCGGUUUAACUCCGGGAGUCCCUCUUUGUCUUCCUUCGAAGCAAAAUAUUUAUGUAACUAGUCUUCUUAGGCUUCCAUCCUCUUUUUGUCAGAAGGUUUCAUUUGAAGGAAAUUCUUUUUUUUCACCUAAUUUUCUUCAACCAAGAUUGCUUUCUUCUAUAGCAGUUUCUGAUAAUUCAUAUGGAUCAUCUCUUUAUUACUUCAAUUCUCCAGGAGUAGCUUCACAACAUGAAUGCUCGACUGAUUUUUCAACGACUGGUACGGGAGCAUCAUCACCAUAUGUAUUAGAAGUUACUAAAGAUCCAAAUAACCAUGUUCUUAUUCGUCUUGGAUGGAAUCCUUUUUAUGUAACUGAUGAUUAUCUAAAUAAACAUUCUCCUGGUUGGGGUAUGAAAGUAUUGUGUGAAGGUGUUGAUUGUAGUCAACCUUGUUAUAUUGAUCCUAUAAGACAUGCGGUUAAUCAAUGUGAAAACUGUGAACAAGGUUAUGGUGGUUCUUCUUUUUGUACAGUGAAAGUACCAGAAAAUAUGGAAGCAGUAGUAUUUUUGUUUUCAAGUGAUAAUGGUCAACAUACUAAUUCAUUUACUGGGUUUUCUUCUUUUGAGAAAACUCAUAAAUUUUCUGUUACUGGAAGGGUUCAAACAUCUGGUUUUCGAGAAACAUUAGAUUCUAAAGGAUUAGCUUAUACUGGAAAAGACAGAAAUGAGAAGUCAGAGGUUGAUAAAUUAAAACAAGAGGAUGAGGAAUUGACGAAGAAAGAAAAGGAGCUUUUGGAAGAAGCUCAACGAUCUCGGAUAGAGAAUAAAUUACCUGGUAAUCAAGAUGAACAAUUUCAUCAGCAGGGAGGUUCAAAGCAUGAUGACAGUCGACUGUUUUCUACGGAAUCAGCAAAAGAAUUUAUGCAUCAUGAAAAUAACUUAAAAAGUUCUUUAAAUGGUGUUAAAAAUGAAGACGCUGUAGAUCUUGUGUAUCUAAAGAUUUCUGGUGGAAAUAAUAAAGAUAUAGAUGAUUUUAAGGGAUUUCUCGAUGAAAAAAGUCUCUCUUUGAAUAAAGAAUCUGCUAAGGAUACUGGUGCCUUAAAUGAUGUUUCCAGUUCUAUAUCUACAGGAAAUUCCCUCUGCAAAACUGAUAAAUGCAAGUCAUUACUUACCUCAAUUACUGAAUCUGCAUAUGAAUUAUGUUCAUUACUUAAAUCCGAACAUUCCAGUUCUAAUCUUUCAAAAAAAUCAUCUAAUCCUCAGCUUAAGGUUGCUCCUACUGAUUUGGAAUCUUCGAAACAAGAAAAUAGUGCUACUGACAUAAAGACAAAUACUCAUUGGAUAUUAAUACUUUUAGGAAUCAUAAUGCUUCUAUGAUUUUUAUAAAGCCU